GUGGUCGUGGAUCGCAUGUUUCAUUGUCGCGGGUCCCACGGCUGCCUACGUGGACCAAUGGGAGCUCUUUUUUAGAUGGAGCAUCGUGGACCGCGCAUUCCCUGCUCUCAUCUCUCCCCACUCCCUCCUCCUCAGCCACAAACGCACCACGCGAAUUCCCCAAAUUGCCCCUCCGAAAGGUCCUUCACAGAAAACCAUAUAAAGCUUCCUCUGCUUUUCAUUUCAUCCAUUUCUCAUUCUCAACGUCGCCGCUGCUGCUGCUGCUGCUUUCGAGGUUUUGCGUCUGCUGCUCUGAAAUUGAUGCUACUUUGCGUUCUGGUUGUGGAUUUCUGCGCUGUUUUAAGAUUGAGAUGAAUCCUAUGAGCAUGGAGUGGCAUUUCGGUAACAACUUCGGUGAUUUUGCUGUGCCAAAAGAUGAGGAAAUAUUCAACUGGUUUCCAUCACCCAAUAGUUGGUUAACACGGGGCAAAAAAGUUGGAAACUUCGACUACCCCGAGAAUCUCACUGUAUCGGAGAUAGAAGAAUUUCUUCACGCUGGCAGUGCAUUCUCUAGAGAGGUUGAGCAACUAACUGCCCCGAAUGUUGAUCAAGAUUCUCGUCAUGCUUUUCUUGAAUGGAAUGCUUCUCCUCAUGAACAUUCAGAUCCACAACUCAGUGAUAUUGCCUUGAUCAACGAGGAGGCUGAUGACAUUUUCUUUCGCUCCCUAUUUGAAGAUCCCGCUGAAAUAGAUGGAGAUGAAAGUUCAUCGAAGUUCACCUGGGAUUCAAGCAAAGAUAAUGUGAUUUCAGUCAAUCUAUCAGGAGAGUGGAAUCAUAUUCAAGACUCUGCUAAUCCUGAAAGCUGUGGUCCUCCACCCGAAAAAUUCGAAGAACCAGAAUCCGGCACGCAUAUGGCCGAAGAACACUCCAAUGAGCAUGAGGAUCGAUUCGAAGAUAUAUCCAUGGAGGAGUCUGUGUUAUUAGAGCUACAAAGAUCAACCUUACAGUUGACGAAGAAAACCAGACUUUGCUUCCGGGAUUCUCUCUACCGCCUUGCAGAAAACUCACGACAAAAUACAAAACAAAAUCGCAAUGGUAAAGUAGCGACAAAGAACUGCAAACCACACUCAAAAGGCUCGUUUUCCAGGCUGCGACAACAAUCCAAAUUACAAGAACCAGGCACUAAUGCAGUCGACAGAACUGUCGCCACUCUGUUAUUUAACAUCUUGGAGAGAGAGAUUUAUCAAACCAGCUCAGAUUUGUUCCAGCCGGCAUCAUCUGUAUCACCCUGCCCCGGCACCCUCUUCAUGCACGAUGCAGAAGCCCCGAAUGUGGCAUUCGCCCGACCAGGCCUACCAUUCGGUUUUCAUUACAAUCACUCGUCGAUGCAGUCAUGAGGUAUACUAUAAGCUUCAUCAAAUAUUUUUUGGUUUUGCUGCAUUUUUAGAGGUGUUUAUGUUUUUCUUGUGUUGAAAUAUGUUUUUGAAUGUUCAUAUCAUCGUCUGUCUCCUGUGAAAUUCAAUGGUUUUAUAAGUAAAUAAGUAGUUUGUGACC